AUGGCUGACAAACGUCCCUUCAGAGUUGUGAUUGUCGGCGCGAGUGUCACGGGGCUUAGCCUGGCAAACAUGCUCCAGGCCAAUGGCAUCGACUUUCUGGUGCUGGAGGCUUAUCCCACUGUAGCGCCUCAGGUUGGGGCUAGCAUCGGGCUACUACCUCAUGGAAAUCGCAUCCUAGACCAGCUCGGCUUAUAUGAAAAAGUCAUGGGAAUCACGCCUCCCAUACAGACUUUCAAUUUCCGAGACACGAAUGGUCAAAUUCUAGCCUGUCAUCGAGAGAUGGAUAAGCGCAUUAUCGAGAGGCAUGGAUACCCCAUGGUCUUCCUCGACAGGCAGAUGCUUCUCAAUGUGCUCUACAACAGCAUAAAGGAUAAGACAAAAGUCUUGACAAAUAAGCGAAUUGUGAGGAAUGAGUUGGUCAAUGGAGGAGUUCGUGCAGUCACAUCAGACGGAACGAUUAUUGCUGGUGACAUUCUUGUUGGAGCAGAUGGCGUGCACAGUAGAGUACGCUCGGAGAUGUGGAAGCUAGCUGGCAGGUUAUCGCCGGGGCUCUUUGACCUAAACGAGCAUGAGGCACCUCCCUGUGAAAACAGCUGCAUCUUCGGUAUCUCUAAUCCAUGUCCUGGUAUCAACCCAGGCGAUCUACAUUGCGUAUUCAGGAAUAGCUCAUCGUAUCUCGUUACUGGAGGUCCCCAAGGGCGAGUCUACUGGUUUCGGUUCCAGAAGCUUCAGGAGAAAGUUCAUGGCUCAGCUAUUCCACGCUAUAGCGAGAAGGACCUGCAAAAGGCGCUGUCCGAGUCUGCUGACAACAGCAUACUGCCAAAUCUGAAGUUUUCGACACUUAUUGACAACAAAGUGAGCGCCGUCAUGACUCCACUGGUGGAGUAUGUCUACAAGCAGUGGCACUUUGACAGGAUCAUCACUCUGGGUGACUCAGCGCACAAGUUCCACCCAGUGGGUGGCCAAGGUGGCAACGCUGCUAUUGAGAGCGCGGCUCUACUGACGAACAACCUUGUGAAUGCACUCAAACGGAGCCCUUCAGGACGUCUCACCACCGUCCAAGUCGAGUCCAUGUUCGCAGAUGUCCAGUCUCGGCGCAAGCCCAGGCUGGCACUCAACCAUCGUUACUCACAUAACCGCGCGAACACGGAAGCACUUGAUACGCCUCUGAAGAAGCUUAUGGCGAUCUAUCUGCUUCCGCUGGUAGAUGAGCAAGUCGUCACUCUUGGCUAUUGCUCUCAACAUCCUGGUGGGGAAAUGCUGGAUAUGCUGCCAGUGCAUCACUAUGAGAACUUGAUACCAUACAAACAGGAACUGCUUUGCGAGCCAACGUCAAGAGGCAGCAUGCAAUGGGUACUAGUGGUGACGUAUGUGGUCUUCACAGUUAUCGCAGCCUCUGCAGGCAAAUACGGUCCUAAUCCAACCGAUGAAUCUGUUCCGCAUGGCCAUUGGAUCGACAAGGCUUCGAUAUUGAGUCGCGAGGCCCUAAAGGUCAACGCAUUUGGCCAUUCCAUCCAACCCAUCGUCAUUGUCAUGGUUGAAGGCUAUCGCGGAAGAAACAAACUCACGCCUCUUGGACUACCUGCCUUGUGGCUCAUGCUCAUUCAAUGCGCCGGAAUCGGAGUCGCCAUGCCGUUAUACUAUCUUGUCUACACCUUGAUAUCGGAUGUCGAAUUCUACUGGUGGCCUCUGAGAAGAUUCGUCCCUCUACGAUACGCCAGACAUGCUAUUUCCGCGUACGUUAUGUCAGAAGCAAUUCAUUUCGGCCUUGUCUUGUCAACAACGCAUCUGCCCAAGUGGAUGCAAGCCGUCAAGUCAUUUUGGCCCCUACUGGUUCCCGUAUUCGUCGGAAUGUUGGGAUCUUUUGGCAGCCGCCAAACUGCAUUGAAUCCGAGCAAAACACUAAAACUCGAACUAAAAGUGCUUGGCAGAAUAUACCUGGUUGCUGGACUUUUCGGCACUUUGUGUCAUUGGUUUGCCAUAAUGCAAGCCAUUCGCAACGCUGACCUCAACAUGAUACUUAACUUUAGUCAGCCGGCUUUAAUCGAUGAAACACUCCAUAUACUAGUAACACGACAUGCUGGAGUUGGUAUGUACUUCCUAGCGUCAUAUGUGUGGACUUUUCAAGCUGUCUGGGAUUUGAACAGACUUGGCCGAGCCAACAUGAACCUGUUCUCUGCAUCACUCUGGAUCUUGCUGGCGCUUGUGAGUUUUGGACCCGGUGCAAGCGUUGCUGGUGUUUGGUACAUAAGAGAACAUGCUAUGUCACGGACAAGCUUCCAGAAAAAACAAGCGGCCAAAAAUACUUAG